GUUUGAUUUGCCUGGACUGCUCCGUUAUUUUGUUUAUAUUAUUUCUACUACUAUGAAGCCUAUUUGGAGGUGAUUUUGGAAAAUAUUUCAUGUUAUGAACUGAUUUUGUCAAGGAAAACAAAGCGUACGACAUUCCAGGAUGGAUAUGCCUCACCAUAUUUUGUCAUCUAUGGUGCAAACACGUUCUGUGGAGAGAGUGUUGGCACCCAUUGCUGCACAGGUCUCUCAAUUAAUUAUUUUGAAUGAGACGAGUGAAAGAGAAGGUGAACCUCUGCCACAUCUUGUAUCUAAUGCUGAAUCUGUAAUGAGAGCAACGGAUGACUUAGUACAAGUCAGUCAAAGACUAGUCAGAGAGACUAUUGAUGAAGAAUUGAAGCGGGAAAUGCCACGUGCUUGUGAAGCUGUUGGCAUGGCUGGUAAAAAUAUCCUACUAGCUACACAGCGAUUAGAGCUAGAGACACAUUCUAAGGAAGCAAGGAAAGAUAUGGUGAAAUCAGCAAAAGAUGUAUUGGAAGGAACCAUGAAGGUCUUGCUAGUGUCUGAUGGUGCUGAGGUGCGAAAAAUAAUCAAGGCAGCUCAUUGGUUGUUGGACAGAUUGACACUGCUGCAAUCAGUGCAAACCAUGAAGGCAUUAGUCACAUGCUUUAAGGGCUUUUCAGAAUCGUUAAUGCUAGUGUCCAAUCUGACUGACAGAAGACAAAGAGAGCUGACAAAUCCUAAACAAAGAGAGAGAGUUUUAUCUGCCAUGGCAAUGUUAAAGAAAUCUGCUCCCAUGUUAAGUACAUCCAUGCAGACAUUUGUCAAGUACCCCAACAACACCCAGUCUAAGACAAGUAAAGAUUAUGCUGUAGGUCAAGUUAUAGUAGCAGUAGAAGAUUUAAUUGAUGCCAUUAAGACAACAGAUAACAUGGAACUGGAAGACUUUGAAGAACCAGGAAUGUUUGCUGUCAAGAUUAAUAAGAUCAUUUCAUUUCUAGACCCAGAUCAUCGGUUCAGUCUAAGUUUGGAAUUUGAGGCUAUGAUGGAAGGUGUUGUUCGUCACAGCAUGGCGGUAGCAUCGGUGUCUAGAGAACAUAUCAGAAAUAAAAUAAUAGACACUUGUAAAGCGAUUUUAAGACAGGGCAGCGACAUCCCAAACCAGUACAAGUCACUUUCUGAAAAUCAGAGUUUUCAUCAACUCAAAGAAGAUUUCAGUACAAAUUGUGAUAAAUUACAAAAUGAUUUUAAAGAUUUAGAAAAACUUGUUAACCAGUCACUAGGAUAUCAAGUGGUUGAUGUGUUAUUAGUAACCACUGAGCCGUUGGAUCGUCUCAUCAAAACAUCUAUUUCACAUGUUAAGGACAAAUCUACGUUGCCAGAGAAGGUCUGCAUUGAUAUGUUACAACCACUAGAAGAAUCGUUUCAUGAUUAUUCAGACAAAAUAAUACAACUUGGUGGAUUUAUUGCUGCUAGUUGUGUCGAUAAACGAAGAGUUCGUCAUCUACGUUCAACAGUCUCUCAACUUGAGAACUUGGAUCCUGAGAUUUACCCAGCAUGCAUUGCAGCCAGGCGAGACACUUUAGACAAAGGAGCAUCUGAGCAUGUAAAGUUGCUGCAAAGAGAAUGGCAUAAUGAGAUCUGCAUAUUGGUGGAUAUUAUCGACGAUAUGACAGAUCCUAAGACAUUCUUGGACAUAUCAGAAUCCUCGAUAAAAUCGGAUAUUCGAGAAUGUCGAGAAUCUAUUUUGAUAUCGGACAGUGAUAUGCUGGCGACAUCGGCCAAUCAGCUGCUUGGUAGGGCUAAGCGUAUUGUACAGGUUGCAAAGAAAGUAGUAGAUAAUCAUAUAGACCCCAUAUAUAGGAAUGGACUUGGAUCAUACGUCAGUCACUUAGAGAAAGCUAUACCCUUAGUACAGAAUUCUGCAUACGAGGCCGUCAGUUUGAUUCACCAUGCAAGAUUACAUGAUAAGUUAUUAGAACGAUGUGAGCUACUACUGCAGUGUGUAUCAAGAGUUAAGAUGGGAUUAGAUAUUAGAAAUCAUCCUGACAUUCUCAGUCCUGUUAGGAACAACGUGAGAAGUAAAAAAAAACCAGUCAUUUCAGAUCUUCCGGAUUAUCCAUCGUCACAUAAUUCAAAACAAUCAACCGAGAGUAAUGCAUAUUUAAGUAAACCAAUCCCUGACUUCAAUGAUGAGUCAUUUAGAUCUUCAGAUAGUAACAUGUAUCUCAGUAAACCAAUUCCUGACUUCAAUGAAGAGUCAUUUAGAUCAUCAAAUAGUAACAUGUAUCUCAGUAAACCAAUUCCUGAUUCAUUGCACACACCCAUCACAUUAACCGUUCCACAAACCUCUAUACCCUCUUCUACAAUAUCAGCACUGAAUGUACCGUUGUAUUAUUUGAAUCCUGUGACUGAUCUACUCAAGGCUAUUAGUAACGCUGAUCGUAUUGAGAUUGAGAUGAUAUGUCGAAAUAUAACGUCACAAUCCUAUGCAUAUAAAGACAUUGUUCAAACACUAUGUAAAUUACCUAGUGACCAACAUACAAUAAACUCAUUGGAAUCUAAUUUAUCAGAAAUCAUGAAAAUAUUACCUGGUUUCCUGCAAUUGGGAAGGAAUACUUUCUCCACUGAUGAAAGGGGGAAAGCCCAGCUUUACGUACAAGGACAGGAAUGGGCCAAAUAUGUGUGUGAAUUAGAAGCAAUCAUCCAGCAUAUGAUGCAGCCAUGGUCUCUGCCAGUACAAAAAGUUGCUGAUUCAGCAAAAACUGGGAAUACAAAGUCCAUGCAAAGUGAGAUUCAAAUUCUUAACAGUCAUGUUGAAUUGUUACAUCAUCUGGUUAGCAUGGCAAUGGAAGUAUCUACAAAUCAAGGCAAAGUUCAAGUGCAUAGAAGGUCAGAGUUGAUGGAGCAUGCUCAGUUGGUUCAAAGACAUGCAAAUGAGCUGAGUAAAUUGACUCAGGAAGUGAAUAGUGCAGCCAAUAAGUUUGCGUUAAAUAAAGAUGAUAAAUCAAAGGAUUCUGUUCUAAGAGAGAAAAUACAGCUGUGGUCUGUGAAAUGCUUUGAGUUGAUGCAUGGUCUGGACAGAAUCACAGCGGGAAUACCACUGAGGAAUAUGGAUUUAGAAACUUCUUUUGUAGAACACAGAACAGAUGAUUUAGAAAGUCAAGUAAAAGACAUGGCAGCAUAUUCAACUAAAAUCUCUGAUAUGGUAAAUAAAGUUAUUGAAGGGCUUGAAGAUGAGGCAAAGAUUGAUUCUGUAACUGGUAUUUGUGAGUCUGUCAAUAAACUGAUGGAUAUAUUGAAUGAAGUAAUACAUUCUAACCACAAUGAUAGAAGCAGAUUGAGCCUGGAUAUUGCAAUCAUUCAAAGACAGUGGGCAUUGAAAAUCAAAUUGUUGGAAUCAGUUAUUGAUGAAUUAAGUAAUGGAAUGACUGUGCCCAUAGACAGACUGGUUGGUGCUGCCCUCGCUGUCAACCAGGCUAAAGGUAGAUCAAGAGAGAGUUUGAUGAAUGAAUAUCAAAACUAUGCUGAUGAACUUUCCGCUAAAGUGUCCAAAGCCAGACAAGAUUGUAAUAGAGCUGUGAAAGCGAUUCCAGCAUCACCACCUAAAUAUGCAGUGUUUUCAUGUGUUGAUAUGCUGUGUAAGCUGACACCACAAAUCCUAGCACAGGGCAGGAACAUGGCGGAUGGUUCAUCGAUUUCAUUGGACGACUUUCAACAUCUUAAAAGACAAUGGGCAUGUAAUGCACAUCAGUUAGUUCGAACAUUACUGGAUAUCCCAAAGGCUGAUCAAAAAGCUGUUACAGAUGUUAUCAAUGUUUUCCGUACUUUGCGAGACACAACAAUGCAGGAUGUGACUUUAUCAUUAGAUUCCACCAUCCACUCACUGGGUCUACCUGUAAUAACAUCAACUCCCUCCACAUCUAUUCAUCCACCUAUCCCCAAGGCAACUCCAUAUCUGCCAUACUCAAUGACUCACAUGCAUAGUAGUCCACUGCCAAGUACAAUGCCUGUAACGUCUACUCCGCAGAACGUUAGAUUCCUAAAACACUCUAUAGAUGCAGAACGUGAUGGAGAGAAAUCUGUGAGGGGGCAGCGUUCUACAGCUCCUCAAUCAUUGAGUCCACAGGGUUCCACGUCACUCAGUUCCAAGGGUUCUCCAUCAAGUUGUUUGAGCACACAAGUGAGCAACAGCAGGGAGUCGCUAUCAUCAACAAAGACGUCACCUUCUAGAACACCAAUCAAAUCACCUGAAAACUCGGCCAAUGAUAGCUUACUCACUAUCAGUCCUCACAGAACACAGCCAAUCACCAUAAGUGGUUUUGCUGGUACAACAUCGACAACAACAACACCAAAACCAGACUUCUCCAGCAGUCAUAGUUUCCUUGAACCAGAACCUGGUCGACAAUGGGAAUCGUUUCUUGGUAAUCGGUAUUCAUCGUCCCUGGCAGCGGCUGCACUGGUUUUACAACAGGAAGCAGAUCGAUGGGAAGAUGAAAACAACGCUAUAGUGAAAGUCGCCAAAACGAUGUCUGGCCAGAUGUAUGAUAUGGCUGACUUUAGUAGAGGCAAGGGAUCAUUAACAAGCAAAGAGGAAGUUAUCAACACAGCUAAGGCCAUUGCAGCUAAUGGACUGGUUAUUGUCAGAUUUGCCAGAAUUAUUGCAAAAUACUGUGUGGAUAAAAGAUUCUGUGAAGAUUUAUUACACUGUUGUGAACAGAUUCCGUCCUUUGGUAAACAACUAAGCAUUAUUGCUAGUGUUAAAGCAGCCACACCUGAAGACAAGAGUACUGAUGUUGUCCUGGUUAAAAAUUCUGAAAAUCUCAUGCAGGCAGUGAUGAAAACAUUAAAAGCAGCGGAAACUGCUUGUGUCAAGGGUUUACAAGAGCCACCUGAAGAAGAGACAUGUGACGAAAUGCAAGCAACGGCUUUAGCCAUACAAUGGAAGAGAAAAUUUGACAGACAUCGAAUGAUUGAAUCAAGUUAUACAGAAACUGACGACUUAGGGCUGAGGAUUGUUAACAAAAAUAUAACCGCACCAACAUUGACAGAGAUAUUCAUUCCUAGAUAG